AUGGCUCCCUCAGGCUUCAAAAGCAACAUCGGCAUCACCCACAUCGGAACCGCCACAGCAAUUCUGCACAUCGAUGGAGUAAAUUUCCUCACUGAUCCCUUCUUCUCCCCAGCAGGGACCGUCUUCGAAGUAGGCCCAGAUGCUGUUCUCAAGAACACUGAGGAUCCGGCCAUGCGGUUGGAAGACCUCCCUCACAUCGAUGCCAUUUUGCUCAGUCAUGAGGACCAUCCGGACAAUCUCGAUGAGUUAGGCCGUCAGCUUCUCAAUGGUCGUCAUGUCUUGACUACGUCGGACGGAGCUUCCAAGUUGGCUCCCCGCCCCGACGUCAAGGGAAUGAAGCCAUGGGACAAGGUCGAGCUUCAGCUGGGCGGCAAAACGUUCGAGAUUACCGCUACUCCAUGCCAGCAUCUGCCCGGCGGCGAGUGCAUCGGCUUCAUCAUAACCACCGACGAUUUCGGGGUCAGUCCUGAUGGUCGCCCCAACGCCAUCUACUUCUCCGGUGAUACUGUCUACAUCGAUGAACUUGCCAGAGUCGGCAACAUGUUCAACAUCACCAUCGCCAUGUUCAAUAUCGGACGCGCAUCUGUCACUCUACCUACCGGCCCACUUCAGAUCACCAUGGACGGCAAGCAGGCAGCCCAACUCUUCCGCGACAUCAAGGCCGAUGUCCUUGUACCUAUGCACUACGAAUCCUGGGGUCACUUCACACAGUUUGGUGCUGAAUUAGCCAAGUCCUUCGAGGAGGAGGGGGUGUCGGAUCAGGUCCGCUGGCUUGUCCCGGGUAAGCUCGUUUCCAAUAUUAUGGGAGUUGGAGCUGGUAUUUGA